AUAAAGAACCAAGAAAAAACAUUAGAAAAAUAUGACAAAUUGAGAUGGGUUUUUGAUGCAUUCACUGCUUCUCACUUGGGAAAACCAUGUGGGCUAAGAAGUUGAACGUGGGAAUAAUUGAAUGAGGUCUGAAGUCUGCAGUUUUCUGCAGAGAUAAUUUAAUUUUAUAUUAAAAGUUCUUAUUUUUUUCUUCCCCCUCUAGUUGCAGUGAUCACAUGUGAGGUGGUUGUAUCAAUAAACAGUGCACCUAUUUAAGUAACAAUCACUUUUCUUGGUUAUGUCAGUACUACUGUAGAAUUCACCAUAGCUCCAAUUAAUUCCUCAUUUUCUUCACCAAUCUUGUUAUUUCUUCUGCUAUUGGAAACCACUAAGAAAAAUGGGCAACAAUGGCAUUCUAGCACUGGGAUUCAUAAUUGGUUUGUGCACCAUUUUCUUAAGUGCAAAUGGUUUUUCAGCAGAUUCUGGAUGGUCAAGUGCUCAUGCCACAUUUUAUGGUGGAGCUGAUGCUUCUGGCACAAUGGGUGGUGCUUGUGGAUAUGGAAACUUGUAUUCAACAGGGUAUGGAACAAGGACAGCAGCAUUGAGCACUGCAUUGUUCAAUGAUGGAGGAUCCUGUGGCCAAUGCUACAAGAUCAUCUGUGAUUAUAAGGCAGACCCCGCAUGGUGCAAGAAGGGAGUAUCUGUUACAAUUACAGCUACAAAUUUUUGCCCACCAAAUUACAAUCUUCCUAGUAACAAUGGAGGCUGGUGUAACCCUCCUCGUCCCCAUUUCGACAUGGCUCAACCUGCUUGGGAAAAGAUUGGUAUUUACAAAGGAGGCAUUGUUCCCGUGCUCUACAAAAGAGUUCCUUGCAAGAAGAAACAUGGAGUUAGAUUCACAAUCAAUGGAAGGGACUAUUUUGAACUAGUCUUGGUAAGCAAUGUAGCAGGGGCAGGAUCUGUUCAAUCUGUUCAAAUCAAAGGCUCAAACACAAACUGGUUGACCAUGUCUAGGAAUUGGGGAGCAAGUUGGCAAUCCAAUGCAUAUCUUGAUGGACAAUCUAUAUCUUUUAAGGUCACUACCACUGAUGGUGUCACAAAAACAUUCUUAAAUGUUGUUCCAGCUGGUUGGAAAUUUGGACAGACAUUCUCAAGCCACACUCAGUUCUGAUAUACAGAAAAUGGUCAAAGAAUAUGAUUUUAGAGUUCUUGGGUUCUUAGGCAGCGGCGUGCUUACUUUUUACAGAAAGCAGCCCGCCCAUGCCCAUUUUUCUUUUGCUUUUAUUCAGAUAUACAUAUAAUAUUGGAGAAAGAGAAUCUCAAGGAGGAAUUGAAGAUUAAUUCUGGAGUGGCUUGACUAUUGAGGAAUUGGUGGUCUGGUACAAAUAAAGCUGGUGAAAAACAAAACAAUUAGUACGUAUUGGUUUAAGUAGGGCAGUUCAAAAUAUUGCAUUUUACGAUAUGAAAGGAUGAAUAAGACAGUUGUAUAAUUAUACUUUUGAUUUCCCCUUUCUUCUACUCUUAUAAUAUGACCAUUUUCUUGUACCAAAUAUUCCUGUUUAUCAUUUUCAGUACAAAUAUUUCUGUCUUGUAGCAAACAAGAAUUGGUGAA